CGCUGCAACAUCUCUUCGAUGUUUUGGAAGGGAGACCUUGACCCUUUACGAAUGACUUUUAUUUGGUCCGCGGGCGCACCUCACAUGCGGCUUUGAAAUAUCCCUGAUAUUAGGAUCAGGGAAAAAAAAAAAAGAGUUCUGGUUCUUGCAAUGCGAGGUCUGCUAAUUUUCUCUCUUUUAUGGUUGAUGUGGUUUCAGAUAAGGAGGUGCCUAGGGACGGCCUAGUAACCGUCAGCUGCCACCCCGAGGGCGGUGCCUCAUCCAGGGGUCAACAGCCAAGCUCCGCACGCGCCUCUUUGAGCCACUGCGAGAUGCCGACGGACGCCCUGGCAGCUACUUCGUCCGCCGCCGGACAUAAUAACAACGCCGCGCCGAAAACUGAAAGGGGAACUCCGGAGCCGGAAUCUUCUUCCUCACCGUCCAUCUCGCCGCACUCUCCGAGCCCUGCGCGGGCCUUCCCGGCCCUUCUGGUACCCGGUUUCAACCUUGCCGGACUUCGAGUCAACACAGCAGCCCCCUUCUCUCCCCCGCCGGGAGGCUUUUCUCCGGCUACUGGCAAUCCGGCUAUCAAGCAGAUGGAAAUGAUGACUCGGAACUAUAGUGACUUCAUGAGGUCUCUCGCUGCCAAGUACAACCAGAACAACGCUCAAGAUAGUUUUCCCAUGUCUCAAAGCAAUGGACUUGUACGUGGGUUCGACUCAACAUUUUCCUAUAAAGGCAGUGGGUCUCCAUUCCUUGUGCGAAAUAUGGACAUUGAAGGCAAUGGAGGAAGUUGUUUAAGUGGCGGUUUGAGCAGAAAAUUAGACAAUCAAAAUUCCUUAACGCCUCUUGAAUCAAGAAAUAGUAGCAAUAAUACCAAUCAUUCGGUACUUAGUGCCAAUGCCGCAACUUGCGGCUUAUCAGAUUUUUCCUCAUCUCAGACUUUAUUAAAUCUAGUUCGGACUGCUAGUGCUCAAAGUGCCUCGCAACUCGAGAAUUACUUAAAAGGCGCUGUUAAAAGAAGUGCCGACGGUGAGAGCCGUCUUGACCCCCUUGAUCUCACGGUCGCCAAUGUCAAGAGACCAAAACUUGAAGUUGGUAGAGAAUUAAAGGACUGUCGUGAUCUUCUUCAGUCAGAUAUAGAUACGUCUUUAACUACAAGUGGAGACUGCUCAGGAAGUUUGAGGACUUCGUCAUCUUUGGGAUGUGUGAAGCCAUCAUGGAUGACGUUAUUGGACAAAAGAAUGCGUUCUUCACCCACACCUUCUUCAAGGACUUCUCCAAAAAUUCAAAAUACUGAACGAUCGCGCUGUGCAUCUCUUUGCGUUGAAAAAUCAUGCACUUCACAGUCAGAAGCUAAUGAUCUAGCUCGUUGGACAGUCGAUGAUGUAGUGCAGUUUGUGUCUUCUGUUGAAACUUGCAGCGAGUAUGCUGAGAAAUUUCGUGAAGAAUCCAUUGAUGGAACGACGCUGCCUUUGCUAACCGAAGAUCAUUUAACAAUGCAUUUGGGUUUAAAGUUAGGUCCAGCUCUAAAGCUCCGAUCAACAUUGGCAAGAAAGAUAGGACACUGUGCUGUUUGCAUGCACUGCGUACACUGCCACGGAGACGACAAUACGGACGUUCGGAGGCACGAAUCUUCACGAUCUCCGACAGUGAGCAAAUGACAGUGCCACUAUUUUGGGGCAAUGAAAGAACUUCAUUGGUACGACUAUGAAAUUGUCCAAUAGUCACUAGUUUGUUAAAGUGCUACGUUAUCAGAAAACAUUGACAUUUAGAAAAUAGGGCUUCAUCUGAAGAAAACUGUAGAAGGUACAGUUGCACAGAUGAGAAUGUUUUCUGAAAGACUUAUUUAACAAGUAAAAAGCACUUUUGAUUGAGCAGUCCUCUUGACUUUACUGCCGUAGACUCUUGAAGCUUAUUAGCGAAAAUUCUAAGUGACGUUUUCUGCGACAGUUUGCUUUUAAUCUUGCUUAAAUUUAACGGUCUUUCAGAUGAAAUGGGAACAGCUUCUGAAACCUGUUAAUGCUGUGAAAUGUGUGAUUGAAAUUUAAGUUAUUGCAUUCUAUGCCAAGAAAGAGAUUCUUUUGUGACUUGACAUUAUAAACUCUUGAAUCGUGAAUGUACAGCAUGACAUAUCUGCUUUAAAAUGUUUCUAAUUUUUUACAUCAUUUAGAAAUACAUAUGUGAAAGGAUUUAUUUUAUUUUUUAUAAAAGGAUUUUUACUAGAGUUUAAAGGCUGGAUUAUUAUAUUUCUGCUAACUGAGAAUAAAUUUUAGUUAGUCAUGUUAGUCAUAUUUCUGCAAACUGAAAAUUUUUUAAGCUUCAUCUUCGGAUAUUUUAAAAAAUGUAGAGUUGCUUAAGGAGUAAUAUUUUAUAUAGUAAAAAGAUGUCUAGGAAAUAUAUUCUAUAUAUAUUAUGGAAGUAUAAAUCUGUUUGUAUUCUUUGCAUUUUACUUAAAAUUAUUUUUAGCUUUCUAUUCCUAAAAACAACAACAAAAAAUUUUUUUAUAAAUAAAAAAAAGUAAAUAUACUCUGUGUAGUUCAAAUAAGUAAAGUUUUGUUACUUAAGGAUGUGUAUGAAAGAAAACAAUUAUUCUCGUCUAAUUAACAUCCAUGCUAAAACUUUGCACGUUGUAGAAAAAUCUGGCAUCUAAAAUUAAAUGAAUUUUAUUUGCAAAUUUUAUUUCUAGUAUAAUAUAUAUAUAUACAUUACUCCUUUAAAAAUGUGUGUUCUCUUAGGCUAAAAGAGAAAUUGUGCAGAAAAGAAAUGAAAGCUUGAAAAGCAACUGAAACAAGAUGUUUUAUUCAAAUCAAUUAAGAUUAAUUUAUAUUUCUAUUAUAAAAUUAUAUAUUUUGUUGUGAUAUUUAUAGAAAUAUAUUUAAUGUUCUAUAUUUAGUGUUUUAUUUUACAAUAAUUAAAAUUAUGUAAAUAAUGUCGGACGGAUAUUUUAAUUUCGAUUAGCACGCAUAUCAUAGACUACCGUAUGAAAGUGUGAAUGUUUGAAACUAAAUGGGAAAAAUCAGAAUAAUGCAGAAUUUGUUUGAAUAGACGUCAGCUUCGCUUGAGAUACGAUAGCAGAGUAUGCACAACAAAAUUUAGGAAAAGUAUCUUUUAAUGCUGAAAGGAUAAUCACCGGCAUGUUUUAAAAGAGAGAAGAGCGCUUUUCACAAAGGAAGAAACCCGUUCCUGAGUGCGACAAGAUACAUUACAAAAGGCACACAGUAUCCAGACGGUAAUAGAAGUAUAUCAAAAAAAGCACAGAGGCGGAUCACAGGUGUUUGAGGUCACAUGCCAUAUGUACCCUCUGAGGGUGGAGUAGUCACAGUUCCAUUAAGGGUCGACAAUGUCCUUCUGCAAUUUGCAAAACUUUACAUUGACGCUCCCGUUCACGCACGCAAGCUCCUUCGCAUUCAAGGAGGCUCCCGUUCACGCGUGAAUGAAUGAAAGUGGCGGAUCUGCCUUCGCCCACGCCUGCACCUGAGACCUCGGCCUCUCUUGUAAAGUAAAAUGUCUUUUAUCUAUCGCUUGACCACCCAUUGAUGGAUGCGUGCUGCAGAACUGAAUGCUAGAGGUCGGCGAAACCACAUUACGAACCGCACCCCGCUCAUCCAUAUUUUCGGCAUAUAAUCGAAUUUAUUGCUGGAGAAUUGAUACGAUUGGAAGAUUUUUCCUGAAACGAUCACUCCUCACUAUUGCUGCUUUGCAAAUCAGUUUUCAAAUGUCGUAGUGUUUUGUGUAUAAAUCGUACUUUAACAGACUCUUUACAAAGCUUUUUUCGUUAGUCUACUAACUCGUUUUCAAACUUAGCGCCAAGCUCAGAAUGGAAGGGCAUAAUGUUGCAGAAAUGUCAUGCUAAACAUAUUCUGAAGCUCAUUGAAAUGGAACAUAACCAUUAAUUGUUUGUUUUGUGCUCUGUUUAACCUUUGAAAUCCGACAUUUUCCUUGUCGUAAUUCAUCAUUUUAACUAGCGAAAAUGAUUUAUGUCAUUCAUAGAAAAAUGUGUCACGUAUAAUUCAACGUAAAGUAAUAUACCUAUUGAAUUGAAAUAUUCAAGUCGCGUUCUUACGCCUUAGCUUAAUGUCGCAUAAUUAAUAUAAUUCCUUCUAAUAUUAAUAGGAACUUUAAAUUUUCUUCUUAUUCUCUUACUUUCUCGAUCAUUUUAAAACCCUAUCUUAGUUCUACAUUAAUUGAGUAUGAAACGCUAUAAAAUAUUACAGGUUAUCAUAAUAAUAUAAAACAGUUUGCCGACAUUUUUUUUCCCUCACAGUAUGUAACAUAUCGGAAAUCAACAAUGAAAAGGUUAAACAAAGCAUCUUUCUGGAUAUGUUUGGUAAUAGUUCUACGACGUUUAAGUAUGAUAUCCGUAAUAUAUAAUUUUAAAUAUUUCACAAAUCCUUUGUGAUAAUCAAGGAUUCCUCUAACGAUAAUUCACAGUUUAUCAAAUGCUAAAAAUUAUGUUUUGCCUUCUUUAAAAUUAAAUUGAAUAUUUGAUUUUAUAUGGCUAAGACAUACUUUAUAAAGAUUUAUAUCUGUGUAAUAUGAAGGCGUCAGUAUGUGCAAUUAAUUGUAUGAAUUAAUCUGAAUAUUUAGUCUUGAAGAAAUCACAGUGGUAGAUUUAAAAUUUUGAAAGUUUUCAAAGGAUGAAAUUAAAUCAAUCCAUUUUCUUCCAUCUGCAUGAGUAAAUAAGUAUUUAAUAGUCGAAUUUAAAAUGUUUUCUUUGCAGUGUUGAUAGCUUUAUUUAGAUCCUGCUUUUAAAUAUUUUAAUGCAAAUUUUCAACAAGAAAAGGAUUAUAAAUCUUUUUAGUUAAUUCAUACUAACAUUAAGUAAUAAAAGUGUAGUUAUUCUUGGUAAUGUACAUUGGCUGCUUUUUAUUACCUGUUACAUAUACCAACCUCUUUUGAAUAGAAUGCUAAUGCUAUAAUAAGAACAGUGAUGCUUCAAGAAGCAGCUUUGUCUUUAAUAUAGACUUGAAUGCGAAUUAAUAAAACUUUAGAAUUAUUACCCAUGUCUGAUUUUCGCAUGGAACUUCACUGAAGGAAUGUUUUGAACACGGUACCGGUUAAUUUGAAAUUCGUUUAUUUUAGAGUGCUUAGAUACCUGUGAUUUUUGUUAUUUAUGUUGUCAAAGGGAAACAUUCCGUUUUAUUAACUUAAAAUACUCACUUGUAUGUCUAUAUGUUUGGUUAUGUAAUAUAGUUUUAAAUGUUUUAGUGCAAUUGAAAUUAUCAUAAAUACUUGUUAUUUGUGGCUCAGAUGUAGCCCGAAAAUGACUGAUAUGGUGAGAUAGUUGUGUGUUUUGGUGUUUUGGUUGCUUGUUAUUGCAACAGAAUGACUCAAGGCAACUAUAAGAAAAAAACUGAAAUGCUGCUAUUCGAAUAAGUUUUCUGAAAAAACAGCUGCCAAAUUAAAAUAUUUGCAUAUUAAUUCCCAUUAAAAACGUUUAACGGUAAAUUUCUUAAUAAAAAAUAAUCUUAAUUCUUUAGACGUAACUAAUGUUAUUUUUAGCCUACUUAAAUAAACGAAAGAAAGUGCUAGAUGUGAUCACAAAUUAAAGGAUUCUAUUUGAUAUAAUAGUCUAUAAGAACUUUUUAAUGAAUUUUACUGUUUUCUUGUAAUAUUUAUUACUUAUUUAAAAAUGUACGUUUAAAUGCAGCAUAAAUUAACUAAAAUAGUACUACAUCUUCUUAUAUACGUAUUGUAUGAUUCAUUUGUUUUAAUUCAAAAGAAAAUCCACAUUUUAAAAUCUUUAAUGUAAAUAUUAAACACAUAUUUUUUUAGUUAUAAACUAAGAAAAAAUAUUGUUAAUUUCUUAAAUAUAUCAUUUUUAUCUUUUUUUUAAGGAAAUUAUUUAUUACGCUAAAAGAAAUUUUAAACGAGUAAUAUAUUUGUUAUUAUAUAUAUUCAGAAAUGGCCCUGUAAUAUAUAGAUUUAUCCAUGCGUAAUUCAUGUGAUGAUGAAAUACGAGGUUACAGGUAGAAAUUACAGUAUAUGUGUAUAUAUCCACUGAAAGUAAACAAAUAUUGCUAGAAAAGUAUAAAAUAAUAAAUAUCACUUACUCGUCGAUAUUUUCUGAAAUCAUACAAGCAAAGAUCUCUGUAGUGAUUUCAGAAAGCAUCCAUGGCUAAGACAAAGAUAUUUUCUUGCUGAAAAUAUCUAUAAUUAACAGAUAUAAACUGAAACAAGUAAUCUAAUCUUUAAAACCAACGUGGUUUUAUGAACCUCAUUUUCAAAGAACUUUGGUUCAAGACCUAAAAUUAAGAUUUUCCAUUGUCUUUUUCUAAAAUAAUGCUAAUAAUUAUGUGCAAAAUAAUUUAAUACGUAAUUCUUAACCGAAGAAUAAUAUAUAGAAGCUACUUCUUCGGUAAGCACGUCUUAAUUACUUUAUAAUUAUAGUAAAAAUUAAUAUAUUUUAUUCAACUGUAAACAGCUCGAAAUAAAAAUUCUUAAAGGAAACAGAUUAAACAUUAUUUAAAAAUAGUAAAUACUUGAGCCUUUUUUACAGGGAAUCAUCAUAAAUCUGUAAAUGUAUAUCACGAGGAUCAAUAACUAUACCGAAUAGCAGUUUUAAAUUUUACUUAUACCAGUUUGCCUUGUUAUUUGUUUAUCUACGUCUGAGUUAUUAGUUUCAUCCAAAGAUGUGUUUGUUGAAUGAAACAGACGUUCUUGUCUACUUGUGAUACUUUGUUUAUGUGUAUGUAUGUUACAGCAUUGUUGUAUCUAAGAAUCUUAUUCAAUUAUAUAAUAUAUGCUUUCAAGUAGUCGGGCUAUGAGUCCGCUAUAUUUUUCACUGUAUAUAACAAUGUAAAUUUUCUCUACAAAGAGUGGGUUUAAAUAAAGCGGUUCAAACAUA